AUGAAGUUAAAAUCUCUCUUCGCACUGGUUGCAAUUCUGGCACUUGUUAGUUUAAUCAAUCUACAAGAAAAUGCAACAUUUGUAGUUGCAAUACCUCAGCAGUUUCCUACGCCUGCUGCUCCUCAACCAAUAAUACCUACUGCCACAACACCAACCUCUCAGCAAAAUCCUACGUCUGCUCCUCCUCAACAAAUAAUACUUCCUGCCACAACAUCAACACCUCAACAAAAUCCUACGCCUGCUGCUCCUCAACCAAUAAUACCUACUGCCACAACACCAACCUCUCAGCAAAAUCCUACGUCUGCUGCUCCUCAACCAAUAAUACCUCCUGGCACAACACCUCCCCCAGCAGGAUUGAUACCUCCGCCGCCAGUCAACACAACAGCUCCAACCACAGGUUCAUCUAACACAACAGUUCCAACCACGGGUUCAUCUAACACAACAGCUCCAACUACAGGUUCAUCUGCCACAACCACAAGUUCACCUGCAAAACCAGCAAGCACAAUGAUUGUAGACAUUGAUGGAAAUACAUUUACACCAAAUAUUUUAAAAGCUCAACCUGGUGAUGUUAUAGUAUGGAAUUGGAAAAAUGGAAGUCAUUCGCUUAUACAGUCAACAAUGUCAAACCCAUGUUCAAAAAAAGCUAAUGUUCUAUUCUAUUGUGGUGUAAAAAAUCAUUGCAAAACUGAGAAAAUGAUUAUCAAUGCUCCUGCUGGAUUUUCUUGGCAACCAUCGUAUACGGUCCAAGUAGUAAUAGCUACUGCACCACCAUCUUCUGACAUUUCUACGAAUUCCGCUGGAAUACAACAUCCUAUGACUGGUCAAAGGAUGCUAUUACUUACUGUAACUUGCGCUAGUUGUCAAAAAACCACUUGGGCUGGAUGUGGACGUCACAUUCAAUAUGCUCUUAAAGGCGUCGCUGAAGAAGAUCUUUGUCGUUGCAAAAAGACAAAUACCUCGUCAAAUAAGGAAGUACUACAGGCUAAGCCAAAGCCAUCGCUCAACGAACAACAGUUAUCUAGUUAA